AUGUACGAGAGCUUUACUAACUUUGACUUCGACUUUCUUUCGAAUACUCCUCAACUGACUCAAUAUGAUUAUGGUGAAGACCAUUUCGAAUACGAAUCGUCAACUCCAAAGAGUUGCGACACCGAUUUGACGGAGUGUUCGAGUUCCACAUUUGCAUCAGUAAACUCAAGUAACUCCGACUGCGAAAAAAGGGAACUGGUUGGCUGUCGAAAAAGGAAAAGCUUUACCCCGAGGCGUUCUCCUCCCCUGCACGACCCCAGUUUUCGUGGUGUAUUGAUAAAAAUGGAGAAUAAAUUCAUCAAUAAUGAAUGGAAGUUGGUUAUUAAUUCAAAAUUCCAAUUAUCUCCAAAGAAAAAGAGGAUGUUUAUACAUUAUAUUGAAAGUUCUGAUGAAGAAGAUAGCAGCACUUAUGCAUGUGUUAAUACCGAAGUAGAGAAACACUGCGCAUCCUGCAGUGUAAAAAAGACUCCCUUAUGGCGAGACGCGGAAGAUGGGACACCUCUUUGCAAUGCAUGUGGAAUUCGUUAUAAGAAAUAUAAGUUGAGAUGCGGGACUUGCUGGCACAUUCCGAAGAAAGACGAAUUCAGCCCUGCUUGCAGAUUUUGCGGUUCCUUCUACGAAUACGUUUCCCCACGACGCUAA